AAAAAAGGGGAAAAAAUAUGCCUGCUAUUGCAUUAACUUCGGACGAUGAAAUUUUCGAUGUUUUGAAGCAGCAUCCUGAAAUUUUCGAUAACAAUGGCAAUUUAACGAAGGAACGCCAUCCUCAAUGGAAAAUAAUCAUUCAAAAACUUCCGAAAAUAAAUGUGCAUAAUUUAUAUGUACGAGUACAGCAAAAUAGAACUUCAAAUAAAAAGAAGAACAAUGGUAUUCAAGACAGAUUGAAAGCCUUUUUUUCAUACAAUCAAGAUAAAAGUAUUCAGAUAACUGAAUCCAAAUAUGUUGAAGAAUGCAGGGAUAAUGAAAAUACCUUUGAAACUACUAAUACUCUAGACAAUUCUAAUCAACAAGAGGAGUGUUUCUAUAUUGAUCAAUUUGAUGCUAUUCAUGCAAUGAAGUACAAUGUAAAGUAUUUCGGAAUGAUCAAUUCCAUUUCAUCAAACAAACUUGAAAUUAUAUACUUUUCCAAGGAGCAAUUGGAUCUUUUGAAAAAAGUCAUUACUUCAGAAACUUCACUGUCAAUUAUUUUACUUAAUGAAAUAAUUGAAAAAACCAGAAUGAAGAGUCACAUAAGUGAAAAAUUAUCAAAAAUUUAUCUGUGCAGUGAACUUGGAAAUGAAAGUAUUCCAUUUGCUCAAGCUUUAACCGAAUCGAUGAAUGAAAUUUUUAUACAAAAUUUCUUACUUAGAAUAUUAAAGUUCAAUGUUCCGUUGCCUAAAUACAUAAUAGUCACUUAUGAUCAAGCACUCAUCGAUGGGAUUUGCUUAGCAUUAAAUCAGUGUCCUUUUGAAGAGUAUAAUUUCAAAUGUUUCAAAAAUUGUGAGCCGCCAAAGGUUAAUUUGUGUGUUGAUGUGAUAAGCAUUUUAAUAGCUGUGGACCAUUUUGAGUGUUUUAUAGACAAACCAGAUCUGGCUAAGGAAUUUUAUAUUAAUUGUGUUAUCUUAUUAAGUUUAUGUGUCAAUCAAGUAGACUUUGAUGAAAAACUGAAAAGCAUUUUCACCAUAAUGUUCUCUCCUGAUGAAAAUACGUGCAAGGAUAUUCUUGAAAGUGAAUUCAAGAAAAAUGAGGAGAAGUUCAAAUGCUUCGAAUCGUACAGAAAUAAUGAAAGUCUGAACAAGAUUUUAUACACUAAACAUAUAGCUGUAGAAAAAGAAAAGUGUGAAGUGAUACACUACAUAGACAGUAUAAAAGAGUCAGUGCUUGCCAUGCAUAACUCAAAUUCAAGUAAGAAAGAACUAAAUGGUUACUACUUACCUCAGUUGUAUGAUGAACUCAUAGUUAUUUUAAGAUUGUUUCCCUCUUGGACUAAAAUUAUCUGUCCUAUUGACUUUUUUGACUCUGCUUCGUCGCCAGCUAGCAAGACAGUGAAAAAACUCCAAGAAUUGGAUUGUAUGCCCCUACAAGUAACAAAAUAUCUUGAAUAUGACAUCCAAGAUAUUAAAUUACUUCUACAAAAAGGAAGAUUAAUCAGAUUAAAAUCAAAAGCCGCUCAGAAAGAAACGAUUCAAUAUGAAAACCAUUAUUGCCUGGCGUAUGAAGAAACUUGGAUGGGUCUGAAGAAUCCAAAUGAUAAAGAUAAUAUUGAUGUUGAAGAGAAGUUACCCGCAACUUUAGACAGUGAAGAAUCAAAUAAAAAUAUUGAUGAAAGUUCAGUAGUGAAUGAAUCAAUAGCUAUUGAAAUUGAAGGAUCAAACAAAAAUAUUGAUGAAAGUUCAGUAAUGAAUGAAUCAAUAGCUAUGGAAAUUGAAGAAUCAAACAAAAAUAUUGUUGAAAGUUCAGUAGUGGAUGAAUCAAUAGCUAUGGAAAUUGAAGAAUCAAAACAAGACCGUUUAAGUCCAAUGGUGAUAAAAUCAAAAUCCAAUUCAGUAGAUUUAGAAACUCAAUCUGGAAAUACUUUACAAAAUGUUCAGUUUUUAAAUUACAUUCAGGCAAGAAAACCACUGAAGACCAAAAAACUCAACAAGUUCAAGAAAAAAAAAGUAAAUACUUGACUAAAUGCCCGAGCAUGAAGAUAAUUCAUGAGCAAUCAUCCGCUACAAAUAAUUUGAAAGAGCAAUUAAUUGUUAAUGAAGAAUCAAGAGGAACUAAAAUUAUAAGAAGAAAAGCUUAUAAAUUUGGAAACUCAUAUACAAUUGACAGCAUUAGUGAACUAAUAAAAUUCUCAUAUCUUAAUUAUAAGAAUUAUCGAGAGAGUUUGUAUGUUAAAUGUUCCAAACUCUGUAAUGAUACUUGUAUUUUUAAUUCUAUUAUAAAGUCCUUGAAUUCAGGAAGAUUAACAUCAUUUUAUAAGACUAGAGCGCAUUUAAUGCUUGAUUUGGGAGUUUCAGAAGGAGAUAGAGUUACUAUCAAUGACGAUGUGGCAUGUAUUUUUAGUAAAUUAGUCCAAAUUCACUAUUCUUUAGCAAUAACAGGUUUAUGCACUGAAUGUAAUGAACUUCAUUUGGAUAACCAGACAAUCAUCAAAUUUCGACGAACUGAAUUUGACAUGGAAAAAUUAGAAGAAUAUGUUGAAAAUUAUUGUUCAAAUUUUGUAAUUAAUUGUGAAACGUGCAACGAGUACUGUCUUGUUUCGUUUGAAUUUCGGGCUUAUGUCGCUUUCGAUUUAACCGACUACAAUGUAAAAAUGAACCUCAUAGAAAUACCGCAACAAAUAAAUAUUAGAGAUGCAACAAAUGAAUCGAAUAUAUUUGCUUUAGUUGCAGUAGUUUCAAACGAUAAUUCGAAUGAUAAUUUAACUUAUUGUAGAAGUAUCGAUAAUUUUUGGGAUAAAAGAAGUAAUGUAGAAAAACAAAUUAUAAAACUGAGAAUUCUUCCUAUUGUUAGAAUUAAAAUUUUAUUUUAUGUAAAAAUUACCAACUAAUUAUUACAUGUAUCAACUCAACUUAUACUUUAUUAUAAUUCUAGAGAUUAUUUAAAUCAUAAUUAUAGGUAUGUAUCUUAAACGUUGUAAUGUGUAAAAUAAGCAUUACAUUAAUUAAGAUUGUUAAAAAAAUGAAUUCGUAUCACUUACUGUUUUUUAUAUAAAAAUUAUAGUAUUUUUUACCACUGACCAAUACUGCUAUCAUUGUGCAUUUAAUGCACUUAAUGUAUCAUUCCAUAAAUAAUAAAUAUUACUCUGAGAGUAAA